CGCUUAAUCAUUUUGACUAUUGUUUUAUCUGAUUAAAAAAAAAAAUAUUUUAUGCUUUUAUUUCAAAAUGUUCAGAAAUACAUUUCAAUCUGGCUUUCUUUCCAUUUUAUAUAGUUUAGGCAAUGAACCUUUACAGCUUUGGUCUUGUCAUUUACCUACAGAAGACUCAUCUAACAACGAAUCAGCCCAUAUUGAACGAGUAGCUGACGAUCUCAUCAGUUCCACCGUCAUUGAACUUACCUCAUCAAACCUUUCCAACACCUUCAUUAGCUGUCCACGCAACCCUACCCUCACAUUAGGCAUCAAACUUCCUUAUCUUAUUUUUAUCAUUAAAAAUCUCGACAAAUACUUUUCAUUUGAGGUUGAAGUACUUGACGAUAAAAAUGAAACACGACGAUUUCGCGCCUCUAACUAUCAAAUGACUACACGAGUGAAGCCUUACAUCACAACAAUGCCUAUGCGUCUUGAUCCAGGUUGGAAUCAAAUCAUCUUUAACAUGUCAGAUUAUGUCAAAAAGGGUUAUGGCACAAAUUAUAGUGAAACGAGUCGUGUUACAGUUCAUGCUAAUUGCAGAAUACGACGUAUUUAUUUUACAGAUAGAGUCUAUAGUGAAGACGAAUUACCAGCAGAAUUUAAAUUGUUUUUGCCCAUUGAUAAAAAUUAGAAUGCUUCUGGGAAAAAGAAUUGAAUCUCUUUUUCUGCUGAUUUGUCAG